CCGCCCUCAAGAACCCAGGGCUGGUUUCGGCUCAACCCGAGAAGGACAGUGGGAGAAGGGUUGCCUCCAAAGGGUCCUCAGGCUGGGCCAUGGGAGGGUCCCCCCUCCUCCUGCAGGGAGGGCAUACAGAGCCCACACCUCUGGCCCCUGUGAGGAUGCACAUCACAAUGGCUGUUCCACCUGAGCCAGGCCCUGGGAGAGGCACCAGGCAGGCAGGCACUCUGGCCCAAGGGCACCCAGGCCUCGCCAUGGGGACUCCAGAUAAGCACUCUGCUGCUCAGAGCUUGGAACCCGCCGCUGCUGGGAUACCGUUGCUGGAACAAAACACGUCCAGGACACCAAGAUGGAACCAUCCCCAGGAGCCUCCUCGUCCUCGUCCCCCUCCUCCUCCUGGUCCUUGGCCUCCAAGAGUUCAAGGGCCUCCUCCAAUAUAUGUCCAAGGCCCCCCGGCCAUUCACCUGGCUCUGUUCACCAGAAUGCCUAGGAUGGGCCCUGCCAUCCCGGUACAGUCCAUAUGUCACUACUGUGGGAACCGCAUCAUAACAGUGACCACCCCGGUCCCAGGGGUUCUCACCUGGCUGCUGUGUACAGGUCUUUUUGUGUUUGGGUGCUUCCUGGGCUGCUGCUUCCUCCCCUUCUGUAUGGACAGCUUGAUGGACGUGAAGCACACGUGCCCCGUGUGCCAGCAAGAGCUCUUCUGCUACCACCGCCUGUGAAGGUCCACCAAAUAAACGUCCACCGAGUGA